CAAAAGAAGAACAGAAUUUCUCACUAAUCCUUUUGCCCAAUAGAAACUCGUUCCGAUGUGUGUGUCAUAUAGUUCCUACAUAUUUUUACUAAUUGCUAUCUGUUUUCUAGAAAUGUCAGGUACCAGCGACGGUAAUUUUAUGUACUUUGCGUUUGGAAGCAACUUAUUGAGGGAGAGACUGCAUUUAAAGAAUCCGUCGGCUGCGUUCGUCUGCACAGGUCGACUAAAGGACUACAAGCUGAACUUUGGCUUGUGGGAGGAAAAAGCGGAAAACCUUUGGCACGGCGGAGUGGCCACCAUCGAGUCCUGUCAGGGCGAAGAGGUGUGGGGCGUCGUCUGGACUUUGAGCAACGAAAACCUCCCAACCUUAGACAAUCAGGAAGGGGUGAGCCGUGGAGUGUACUCCCCGCUGGAGGUUUCUGUUGAGACCGAUGACGGUGUGAUACAAUGCAGGACGUACCAGAUGAACAAUUUCCACGCCAGCCUUCCAUCCCCACAGUACAAACAGGUGGUGUGCCAGGGAGCGGAACAGAACGGGCUUCCAAGGAAAUACCUGGAGAGGCUGGAGGCCAUUCAGACCAACAACUACUCCGGCCCCUCAGUCCUGGAUCAAAUUAGAGCCGUUACGCAGCCACCUGGAAUUAAGUGAACAAAAGCACAUUAAUAAAAUUAGUUUGCCUUCUCAUAUUAUAAGCAUCUAAUCUCAAGAUUGUGGCCCAGCAUACAGCCUGAUGAAUAGUAAAAUUAAAAGUAUAUAAUUGCCAAUAACGGAUGGCUGAAAUUACAUGAUGUCUUCUGAAAAUACUCUAACAUGACCAUAUUUUAUUAAAUAAACAAAAGAAUCAUUUGUUUAAAAAGAAA